CCAGUUCCAGUUUAUCCCCAGCAGGCAGCAUGUGCGGACGUAGUGCUGCUCCUGCUCCGCAUUUUCUUAUCGCGUUCGCGUGCUUUCCACCUGAGCAUCUCCAUCCGCCGGCUAAUCGAGUGUUUAUCGCAAGCAGAUCGGCUAGAUCGGGAACUCAGAUAUCGAAGUUAAUUUCCGUGUGAACAGUGCUUUUCGAAAAUCCAUUAAUCAAAAGACAUCAUAAAAAUUCAUUGCAAGAGGACAUUGUGAGUUUAAGUGAAUUUCAAUAGUGAAAAUGCAUAUAAAAUUUAAAUCAAAUACAUAUUCAACUGGCAUACGUCGACAAGGCAAAUUAAAUCCCACGGUUUCGUAAAAUGCAUUUCGAGUCAUAAAUUAGAUCCACCGAUAUACGUAGAGCGUUCUAAUCUAAAUCGUUAAAAAUGGGCGAUACUCUGGACGAGACGCCGCCAACGCGUCGCGACAAACCACAAACAUUGAACAUUGGGCAGGAGGAGCAGGUAUCCGAUCCUGCAUCCGGCAACACCUCCUCCCCCGUAUCCUCAAUCGCCAUUCCCGCUGCCCGCGUACCGCGCCACCGAUUGCGUCACGCGGAUCGGGAUCAGAAACGGGAUCACUCGAGCGACGGUCUGGUUUCGAGUGGCGAACUCCGGGACGAAUUCAUGGGCAUCGAUGCCCAGCCGCGUCGCGAGAGUCUCAAUAGCUGCGAGGUGGGCAGUCCGGGGACCAUGUCCUCCAGUCUCGGCAAGGCGGGACGGCUCAACAGUUCCAGGUACCCGUCCGGCGGCGCUGGUGCCAUCGGCCUGAGUGUCAUGGGCAACCUGGUGGGCACCACCACCCGCAAGUGCGUCCUCACGCUGGACGGGUACUCCUAUGUCAUAGUUGCCAGCACGCCGGAGAGUUUGCCCAGCAAGCGGGACGAGGCAAGUGGUGGGGCGGGCUCCACUGGCGGCACAAGUGGUGCGGCAACGAGCAGCAGCAACAGCGGUGGUGGUGCAGCGAGCGGUGCAGCGAGUGGGUCAGUUGGCCCUGCAAGCGGAACGGCAACCGGGACGGGAUCGGCGUCCGGAGGAGCAGGUGGUGUCAGUACGCCGGCACAAGAAGCCGCCAGUCCCACGGUCUCCGAGCUCAGUGGCAGCGGCUCAAAUGCGACAAUAAAUGGUCAAGUGGCAAGACACGGCUCACUGACGAUUAUCCGACGCACCAAUAGCCGCAACUUCACCCAAUUCGACGGCCAACUGGCAUCGCCCUCAUCCACCGCCUGCAGCAGCACAGCGCCGGGAAUUGGCUUCGCCCAGACGCCGCUCAGUGAACCACUUGCGGAGCGACUGAGCUUUCGUGCUUCCGGUGGAUCCAACGGAUCCGCGUCCGCCGGCGACAGCCGAUCCAGCAAUCAGGGCCCAUCAAACUCCGGACCAGCCGCCUCCGCCGCAGCCGCCGCCGCGAAAAUGCAGCCAUCAUCGCCGAAUGCCACCAACUAUCUGGCCGAUAAUAUACAGAUCUCGUCGGCCAAUCUAUCGCAAACCGAAAUGGUCGUGGGUCGCGAUUCGGCCGAUUAUACCGCCAUGCAUUCGAUUAACGUGGGCGUCGGCAAUUCGUUCCUGCGCGGGGACACCGAUAUACCGCAGGAGUCGGGACACUCCUUCGAAACGCCCUCGAAUAUGUCGUUCACCGCCGGGCAAUGGGAUACGGAAAGUUUGCCGCCAGUCGACACGCCAGAUGCUCUUAACAAAGCGGCCGGAAGGAUACGCAGUCUCCUCCGCCGCAUGGAUCAUGAGACCGUCGCCUACGAGGACAUGCAGCGGAAUCUGCACUACGCGGCUCGUGUGCUCGAGGCGGUCUUCAUAGACGAAUCAAGGGAGGGCUGCAAUGGGAACUGCAAGAACCUAAACUGCAGUCGCCACAGCCACGGACACGAUGACCAGCAGCAGGACAACAACAACUCCAAUAGGAGUUGCAGCCUGCAGGAGGCGUCGCCUGGGGGAGCAGGUGCGGGUGGAGGUGCUGGUGCAGGUGCCACACCAGGCGCUGACAACCAGGACAGCAUAGAGAGUCGCACCAAGGGCGUUUCCCAGGCGCCGCAGACCCACAGUGGCCCAACGGGUCCACCAUCCAACACCUCGAGCGAAACUAUCGCACCACCUGCCCCUAAGCUUCAACCCGCCCUGGAAACCGUAAGGGAAUCGGUGAUGGAGGAGAGCCCUUCGAAGGAUCCCGGCGACAAGGGACCACCACCGCCCGCCAGCACAUCCACAUCCACAUCCCAAGCCACCACCUCCUCCAGCGCAACCACGGAGCCAAGUGCCAAGGCGGCCGAGAGUCAAGCGGGAAGUGCCGGCAGCAGUGGCAGUUGCAGUAACCCAGCGGCGGUGCACCGGCAACGGCGCCUAAGGACACCCACCUGGGCCAGGUCCAUGUCGACGAACAAAACGCGCCUGGCCGACGAGGACGAUGAGCUGUCGGAGGUGCAGCCGGAUGCAGUGCCGCCGGAGGUGCGCGAGUGGCUGGCCUCCACCUUCACCCGCCAGAUGGCCACCAGCCGGCGCAAGAGCGACGAGAAGCCCAAGUUCCGUUCGGUGGCCCACGCCAUCCGGGCGGGCAUCUUCGUGGACCGCAUGUACCGGCGCGUCUCCAGCUCGGCCCUAACGGCCUUCCCACCGGACGUGGUCAGGCUGCUCAAGAACCUGGACGACUGGACCUUUGAUGUGUUCGCCCUUACGGAGGCGGCCAGUGGCCAGGUGGUGAAGUACGUGGCCUACGAGCUCUUCAACCGCUACGGCUCGAUUCACAAGUUCAAGAUUGCGCCCGGGAUUCUGGAAGCGUUCCUGCAUCGCGUGGAGGAGGGCUACUGCCGGUAUCGGAAUCCGUAUCAUAACAAUCUGCACGCCGUGGACGUGAUGCAGACGAUCCACUACUGCCUGUGCAACACGGGUCUGAUGAACUGGCUGACGGACCUGGAGAUCUUCGCCUCGCUGCUGGCCGCCCUGCUCCACGAUUACGAGCACACCGGCACCACCAAUAACUUCCAUGUGAUGUCCGGUUCGGAGACGGCUCUGCUGUACAACGAUCGGGCUGUGCUGGAGAAUCAUCAUGCCAGCGCCAGUUUCCGGCUGCUGCGCGAGGAUGAGUACAACAUACUGUCGCAUUUGUCGCGCGAGGAGUUCCGCGAACUCCGCGGCCUGGUCAUCGAAAUGGUACUCGGCACCGAUAUGACCAAUCACUUCCAGCAGAUGAAGGCCAUGCGCCAGCUGCUGACGCUCCAGGAGGCGACCAUUGACAAGCAGAAGGUGCUGUCCCUGGUGCUCCACUGCUGCGACAUCUCGCAUCCGGCCAAGCAGUGGGGCGUCCAUCAUCGCUGGACGAUGCUACUGCUGGAGGAGUUCUUCCGCCAGGGUGACCUCGAGAAGGAGCUGGGUUUGCCCUUCAGUCCGCUGUGUGAUCGCAACAACACGUUGGUGGCCGAGUCGCAGAUCUGUUUCAUUGACUUCAUCGUGGAGCCCAGCAUGGGCGUCAUGUCCGACAUGCUGGAGCUCAUACUGGCGCCCAUUGCGCCGAUGAACAAGUCCAAGCCCGCCACUCUGGUGGAGCACGAGACUACCGCUAACUCCACGACGAACUCGGCGAUCGUCAUACCGAACUCGGGAAUCACGCCCAGCAUGGACAAGCCACGGGAUCAUCGCAGCGAGGCCAAGACCACCGCCGCCGAGUGCCUCGCCCGCAAGAGUGUCACCGGCACCACCGCCUCCAAGUUCAACAUACCCAAGCCGUGGCUCACCUGUCUGGUGGAGAACAAGCGGAUAUGGAAGGAGCAGGCCGUCAAAGAUGCCGAGGCUCGGGCUUUGGCCACCGCAGCGGAGGAAGCUGCAGCUGCAGCGGCGGCGGAAGCGGAGGAAAGCAAGCCGGAAACGGAAGCGGCCGAUGGCGAGCAGAGUGAGGCAGCUGCGGAUCCGGCAGAUGGCGCUGCGGCCUAGGGGGGCAACUGCGCCACCUGGCGGCCAGCGUCCAACUGAAACGGAAACGAAUGCGGAAAAACGGAACACAAGAGGAAACUUUGAUGGCUACACUGAGAGAAACCGAGGAACGAACGAAGCUGCAAGAAUAUUGUUUACUAAGCUUAGAAUCAGCCUAGAAUAUUGAUAACAAAACGCUUCAAAUGCGCUCUCUAUGUGAAUUGUGGUAGAGUUAGAAUUAACGUACAUCAUCUAUACACAUAGGUACAUUAAUAUCGAUAUAUAUGUAUAAAUACUGUUUACUUUGUUGUUGCAAAAGGGAAAGCAAAUUGAAAAACAGAAGAAAACUUAUGAAAAUAUUAGGGCCAAGCACAAAUACAAACGAACAGUGGAAAAAAAAGGAACGCGUAGAUGUAAAUAGCGAGGAGUUCAACUGAAAUUUGUUGUGAAUUUGUUGGUUCGUUGCGAGCAUUUAUAUUUAGAAUUCAGUUGUACUUGUGUUGUACUUGAUUAGUUUUAGUCAAAUGUGGAAUUUAUCGUAUGAUUUGUCUAAGUUCGAUGUACGCAAUUUCGUUUCUAAUUAAAUACAUAUAUAUUUUUGUAAUCGUUUCCACCUUUUUACUUUCGCCCUUAGUUUUGUGUGUUUGCAUUUACCAAGCAUUCGAAUUGCUCAAUUUAACGAGUGGUUUUUCAAGGAAGGGACGACAGAUGCGUCGAUCUGUCUAGAUAUUAAGUACCUAACUAAAAGCUAAACCAAAAAAUACCUGACAACUAGCUAUACGACUUGUAUAUACUCUACACCAACCCCUAACAGACUUUCCCCACAAAAAAAACCAAGGCAAGGUUUUCGAAAACUUUCCACUCUACAAAUGCACAUAGCUACCUAUACGAUGGGAUAUAUAAUAUUUAUUGUUAAGAAUAUAAUAGUCACGUUUCUACAAAACAUAUUUAUUUUUAUACGUGAGCGCGGGACAAAAGUGAGAGCAGAAAGUGGAGGGCUUGAGUCGCAGGAGGAUUUGAUUUCCUUUCGUUUCGGUUUUUCUUUUCCUUAAUCAACUUGAAAUGUUUUCAAACGUUUUUCAAAAUGUCUGAUAGCGGGACCAUUCUUUUAAGAUUUACCACUGCUCUUUACCAAUUUGAGCAGGGCGAAAACAAGCGGAAAUCGUUGGGAAAUUCGAGGUGGCAAAGCCGGCGAGCGAAAGUCAAAGGGCAGUGGUAAAAGUGCUUAGCAGUAAGGUACCAAAUUAUCAGCUGAAAUUGGGAUCAUAGCUUUAUUAAGGUAGUCGAUAAAUGUACGAACAAAUCGUGGUGCAGAUGUGUAUAGCGGAUGUCUACUAGUAGCCAUAGCCACAAAUUAAAGACAAACACGAACAGAACAAACAGAACAAAUAAACGUACACAGCAGAUUAAUCUACUCCUAACCAUUAAUGGGAUAAAUAUAGCGCCAGAAUACCUAUUAUGCGGACCGUAAAUAUUAUUGAACAAACAGUGUAUGUUAGUGUAUAUCAAACUUGAACGCUCAAAGCGAUGCGCAUGCAUAUAUCGUAUAUAUACAUAUAUAUAUAGCGACCUCUCUCGAAAAUCUGUACAAAGUCCUGAUUAAUAUAGCGUUAGGCUGCAGACCCUCGAUCAAAACAAAAAAAAAAACUGAAAAAGUUGUUAUUUAUCUCUGUUGAAAAAUGGGAAAUCCACAGAAACACUAAUCGAACGUAUGCAAACAGAUAUAUAUAUAUAUGAGGUUUACGAUUCAAUGUUAUUAGCAAAAAGUAGUCUAGUAGUAUCAUUAACACACACAUAGACAUAUUAUAUAGUUCCGGCCGAUGUGCAAACUUGUUAACGAGAGAAACUUAGCUGAUGGAACAAUAUGAAAUACACAAUUGCAUACGGUAAAUAAGUUGAAAGCAAUCAUUACAUUUAAAUAAUAAAUAUAAACUACUUAACUAUAAAGCCCCUAAUGAGAAAAAAAAUAUACAAAAAAUACAUUUUGUGUAAAUACAACUUGCACAGGAUGCAAAAAGAUGUAGUAUAUUAGCGGAAUGCACUCUAACUAAAGGGAAUACAGUAGCCAUCCCACACCAACUAAAAACCGAAGGAAUCGCAUAUUACUGAGAUCUGUAAAUAACUUUGUUUCAUCUGUUCAUUUCUAGCCCAGUUAUUUAUAUAUCGUAUAAGCAAACUAAUUGUGUACUUUACAAGUUAUCUCGAAACAAAAGCCUACUAAUGAAACGUUUUUAAUUUUCCUACUAUGUUAAACUCAACAUUUAAUAUGCAUAAACUAACGGCGAUGGUCUAAAAAUUGCAAACAAGUAUUUGAAAUAAAGGGUAUAUGGCUGAGAUGUAUGCUUAUUACGAAAUACUUUCAAGUAAAUUAUAAUAACACCAUAUGACUUUUAAUAUACUAAUAAAAAUUCUUAUUAAACCUAAA